CAACAGUGAAUACCAUAACGUAACGAAACCAGAAAGAAAAGAUUAUAAAAUACUAGUCACUGCACAAUUCAUAUCAGAUGGUGCGUGUCCCACUCCUCCAACCUCCCAACUCCCAAAUUAACUCCAAACCCAAACCCAUACCCAAACCGAGUUAGGUUUCGUUCCAUUCCUGUGACGCCGAAGCCAUGGCUGAUUCUUCCAACCUAAAAUCUGACGCCAUAAUGGAACAGAUGAAGCAGCAUCUUUCCACCGACGAAGGCAAAAAACUCACCACAAAAAUUGGACUCGUUUAUCAGUUCCACAUUGCCCCUAAGAAAAUUGGAUUCGACGAGGUCGUCUACACCGUUGAUCUCAAGAAAGGAGAGGUCACCAAAGGGCCAUUCGAAGGAGGAAAGCCCGAUGCAUCUUUUUCAUUUAAGGAUGAGGACUUUGUUAAGGUUGCCAUGGGGAAGAUGAAUCCACAGAUGGCAUUCAUGAGGGGUGCAAUGAAGAUUAAGGGAAGUUUGAGUGCUGCCCAGAAAUUUACUCCAGAUGUCUUCCCAAAGCCUUCCAAGAUGUGAGCCGAGAUGCCUGUGACUACUUGCACCAGGUUGCUUGAAGCAUCUUUUGGCUGCAAUCAAACAAAAUAGAUAGCAUCAAAAGCUGAAGACUAUAUCUUUAGUUAAUACAUGGGUCAUCAUAUUCAUAAUUCCUAAGGUUGUAGGUGGUUAAUGAGUUUAAUGUAGUUAUGAACUCUGAAGGAUAUUUAAAUACUGUUCUGCAAAUCUGGCAAAGGUUUUUUUUAUUCUACUGUAAUUGGAUGUUUCAAUAUCAGAAAUAGUUCAUCAUGAAUUAUUUAUAGCUCUCUUUCCAUUCUUUUAGCCAUAAGUACUUGG